AUGAGCCCUGGUCCAUACACUUCAGCCAAAGCCAUAGCCAAGGCAGACGACACCGCAACCUCGCCCACCGGGUUCGGAUUGCUAGUGAUGUCCGACGACCGCCUGACGGUGGGGCCGAUGAUUGAUUCAACAUUGGUAGGCCAAGGCCAAGGAAUGUGGGGGUUUGAUGGGCGUGACAAACCUAGCCUAAUCAUGGACAUGUCCUUUACUUUUAAAGAUGGUAUGUAUGCAGGAAGUUCUGUGACCUUGGUUGGUAAUAACCCGGCCUACAUUGAGAAAAAUAGGGAGGUUGCCGUCGCCGGCGGUACCGGGCUUUUUAGGAUGGCGCGUGGUUAUGCACUCCUAUCAACUUACUCCUUUGAUGCUGUUGCCGGAGAUGCUGUUAUUGGCUACAAUAUCACACUUUAUCACUCUUGUGAUGCUCCUUAUUAA